AUGAGUACAGGCACGACCAAAGGUGGAAGAGGAAAAGGAAAGUCCACCAAGUCCGUUUCACGUUCUUCCAAGGCAGGUCUUGCGUUCCCCGUGGGAAGAAUCGCUAGGUUCCUCAGGACAGGAAAAUACGCUGAACGUAUCGGUUCUGGUGCUCCUGUCUAUCUAGCUGCCGUUCUUGAGUACCUAGCCGCCGAGGUGUUGGAGUUAGCUGGAAAUGCAGCGAGGCAUAACAAGAAGACACGUAUUGUACCGAGACACAUUAAGCUUGCAGUGGGGAACGAUGAGGAGCUGAGUAAGCUUCUGGGAUCUGUGACUAUUUCUAAUGGUGGUAUUUUGCCGCUCAUUCAUCGUGCCCUUUUCCCUGCCAAGGUUGGAAAGAACAAUGGAGAUAUUGGUUCUGCUUCUCAAGAGUUCUGAGUUCCACCUCAUUGUAGUAAAUCGUAUUUGGUUGCACCUAUGUUUCAAUGUCGGAAUGAUAUUAAAUAAUGC